AUGCAAUCUCUAAACAAGAUACUGCACACACAACCAAACCUCACGACAAUCUUGAACCCCCUCGAAGCUCCUCCCCAGGCGCUCAAAGAGUUAUUUAAGUCCUGGCGUCCCCGAUCCGAUUCUUUGGAACUGAGGAAUAGAACUGAAUUUAAAUAUUGCUUUGAGUCUGAACUGGUCUCAGAGAUUUCCCCGGCUUGUCUUCAGGCAACUUUGCAUGAAUUUUGCCAUGAGAGCGGGGACUCAUCAAUUGUCGACGCGAAACAUGGCAAAAUUUAUCGCGACCCAGACAUACCAGGACUCAUAGUGGCACCGUCACUUUUUACCCCUGCAAUUCAAAAAGAGCUUCUUUCGAGGUUGUUACAUCGGGAUCUCUCGAAUCCUAAGCAUAAGACAAAUCUCCAUCUACAUUACGAUGUAUCUUAUCCCCCGGAUAAAAAAUCUUUCUUUUCUGAAAGGCCAUCAAAUGUAAGAUUCACGGCGAAGAACGGAAAGACCACCCAGAGCUUGGAUUGCGGUAAAGUCUUACAGCGAAAGCUUCGCUGGAUAACUCUUGGUGGUCAAUAUGACUGGACAAGCAAGAAAUAUCCACCAGAGGUGCCACCUGAAUUCCCUCCGGACAUAGCUCGAUUAAUAGGCAGCCUCUUUCCCGCUGUAACACCGCAGGCUGCAAUUAUAAAUGUAUAUUCUCCGGGAGAUACCCUGUGCCUACAUAGAGAUGUCAGUGAAGAAGUCUACCGCGGCCUCGUCAGUGUCAGCCUUGGCUGCGAUGCCUAUUUUAUAAUUGGGCUACACGAUAACAAGACGGGAAAGACUAGAUCUAAAGUAUUACUAUUACAUUCUGGUGAUGUGCUAUUCAUGACAGGUGAAUCAAGGCUUGCCUGGCAUGGAGUUCCUCGGAUUAUUGAGGGAACCUGCCCCUCGUUUCUGGAAGAGUGGCCCGGCGAAGAGUUUCCAUAUUGGAGAGGAUGGAUGAAAAACAAACGAAUUAACCUAAACAUCCGACAGAUGCAUGAUGACCAUCCAAUAGAACGAUCGUAA